GGUGCCUGUUUCAUGUUGGACAGACCGACAGGGGACUUGGCCGUCAGGCCACCUAGGGUGCUCCCUGAAACCGCUGCGCAGAUCGCGGCUUUGGCGUGCAUCUCCCUUCACUCGAUUCAUCGCAUCAUGCAGAGCCUCACAGAGCGAAACAUCAGCGUGCGGUUUGCCGAGGAUGGCGAAGAAGAUGCGCCUCUGGCCGUAGGGGAUUUGAUCGCUCGACAGUACAAGUACUUGCAGAACGUCAGGAAGGAAGCACACACACAAGGCAGACGAAAGAAUGACAGAUGACUCAUCGGCUGCUGUCUUGCUUUGCUUGUGUUGUGUUUGUGCUUCAACCAACAGGUGCUGGAUGGUGCGUUUGAGGAGUCACAGCAGCGUGAGGUCCGCCUCGAGAGCAUCACUCGAGCCGUCGGUGUGGUGGUGCUCCAACAUGAGCUUGACAUAGUGGAUUCGCUGACCAAGGACAACCUGCUGGACGCGAUGAUCGCACUCGACUACCUCCAAUUUGACACUGACAAGAUCUUCACGCCGGGCAGCACACAGAGUCUCCUCUGGCGCAUCCACCGACAUGUGAGUGGGCGGUGGGGAAGAGGGUGCCGUUUCUUGUUUGCCUGCUGAAGGGUCUUUGCUUUGGUUCAGGUGGUUCUCAGCGCCUGGCUCGCUGACGAUCAGCUUGCCACCACCCUGCUGGACAGCUUCGGCCGCUACGCCUUCAUCGCCCGCUUCAUCCACCGCCACAAGGACAUUCGCACCGGCCUGCUGCCCUGUCUGCUCAAGGCGCCUCAGCACAUCGGGGCGCAGUGGCGUCGGUGCGAGAGAGGGGAGGCAGAGGAUGACGCGAGCAAGGCGGCCUUGAGCCUGGUGGGCACCCUCGGGGACGAGCUCUCGUAUGGGCGCAUCGACAUGCCCCGCCACGAGCUGGGCAGCUUCAUCACGGAGGCAACGGGAAGGUCAUCGCUUGCUCACGCACAGAGUGAGACGAACACCAACGGGGAGUCAUCCAUCAACCUUUGACACCCUUUGUUGUCUUGUUUGCAGGUGCCGUAUUCGAGCAGGACAUCUUCACCUCAUCUGCUUCGUAUACGACACAGCCCUUUGACGACAACGACGGGGGAUCCAUCCAGCUCGACCCCGUCGGCGGGACCAUCGGCGUCCAGGUAGCUGGGCUGAGUCACGGCCCUCCCUUUCCCAUGGACCCUCCUGCCAAUGCCGUGCGCGAUGGUGAUGAGAAGGUGUCCGACCUUCGCGGCUGGUAUGUCCGGUUCCUGUUGCUUCUGCCCGACGACCCGCCUGGAUCAAAGGCCAGCGAGACAUUUGUGUCGUGUUUCGGCGCCGACUUCUCAUUGGAGAUCCCCUGUGGUGCUGCUGGUGGCACGGCAGCGACGCAGGCGGCAGCUGGCGACUCCCAGACCCCCUCCUCCGUCCAGCUGGUUGAUCCCUUUUCCGGUGAGGGAAUCAAGAUGGGUGAGGAGGGCCCUUUUGUUGACAACUUCUCGUUCGGUCUGCUUGGGGGAGAGGUGCCGUUGUAUGUCAACAAGGCCAACAUAUCGGCUGAGGCGCUGGCGCAACACGGCAAGGGGGACGCCAGGCUGAAGGAGGUGCAGAUGAAGGUGACGGUGCAGUUCUUCCCCAUGCGCACCCUGGCCCUCCACUACCUCAGGCUAUGCGCCCAGGACGGAUACUGGGAGGGCGUGACAAAGAUGGCCAGGUAUGUCGGAAAGCAAGCCGACACGUACAGCGCAAAAUCGCCUGUUGUGUGUGCUGUGUGCGCAGGUCGACUGAUCGUAAGAUUGCCAUCAGCAUGGUCCCCGGCCUGGCACACGCGUCGCGCUACAGGAUCCCCCUCAGCCUCUCCUUCGUUGCUGGUAUCCAGGAUGUGCCCCAGUCUAAAUAUAAUGCCGUUACCACAAACUUGACGGCCAACACCAUUCGCGAGAGCUUCAGUGUGCUUUCUGCCGUCCUUCCCAUCGUGCCCACCCUCCCCACAGUCAUCCAGGAGGCCUUUGAGGACGCACUCAAGGAGGCGGUCGAAGCACAGGAGGACGGCCACUUCAAUCAGCUCUACAACGCCCUCAUCAAGGUCAGCCCAAGUCAUCUGGGUGUGCCGCGUCUGUGGGCGGUGUGAGCACGUCUGUCUGUAUGUUCUGUUCAUGGCAAAGGAGGCGGCCAAUCGGCGGCGUUUGGAGGCCGAGCUCGAGCGCCUUUGUGAGGAAAACGCCAUUCUCAAGGAACAGGUAUGCUUCUCGGUCAGUCAGUGAGUGACAUGUGAGUCCUGAUGAUGGCGCAUUGUCGAAACAAGUGGCAUGUGCACGUCCUGCUAACGCCUGUGUGUCUGUGUGUGUUGGAUCGUCGCUGUUCAGGUGCGCCGCGGUACGAAGCGGCCCCGAGACGAGAUGGAUGGCCACCAGCAGCAGCAGCAGCAUCAGGAUGGCGAGGGCGGGGCUGACCAGCAGGACAAGAGGCCGAGAGGGGAGGACACCAAAACGACCACAUGAGUGAGGGGAUGGAUGGACUAGUGAGAGCUGGUCGUGUGAUGGUAGUCUUGAUAUCCCAGACAGACAGACAGGUAGCCUGCCUUCCUGCCUGCCUGAUGUCUGAACGAAUGUGUACACACAUACACACGCAUACGUUGAUUGUUCCCUGUCUCCCUCCCUCCCUGCCUGCCCGCCUGUCUGUCUGCCUGGCGGUCAGAAGUGAGUGGUUUUGACUCCUCUGCUCACUAAGUCUUUGCUGCCCGCCCACUGUCUGCCCGUCUUCUCUUCAUGUAUGAGGCCGGGGGUGGCCACAGUUUUGGUCUCAAGGCUGCGAUUGCAUGACUGACCACGUGCGUGUUGCAUGAAUGAAUGGUGCAAUGCGAUUGAUGCAUGGAGAAUGCAAGGUCUGCACACGCACUCACACGGGUUCAUGCAGACCGACCGAAUCCACACAUACACUGUAAGUAAUGCAUACACAUCAUACGCACAUGUGUCCGCCUAGCAAUCCACCAACACAAAGCAA